CGCGCCGUACGCGGCCCCGGCGGAAGGCGCGCGGCGGAGAUGGGCGAGACCAUGUCUAAGAGGCUCAAGUUGCAUCUGGGCGGGGAGGCAGAAAUGGAGGAGCGCGCGUUCUCCAACCCUUUCCUGGACUACGAGGCCGCCGCCUCCGCCGGGCUGGUCGCCGCCGCGGCUGAGGACACGGGCUGCGCGCGGCCCCCGCCCCCCACCGACCAGCCCGGCCUCCCGUUUCACAACGACGGGAAGAUCAUUCAUAAUUUCACAAGACAGAUUCAGACCAAAAUCAAAGAUCUUCUACAGCAAAUGGAAGAAGGACUGAAAACGGCUGAUCCGCAUGAUUGCUCUGCUUACACUGGUUGGACAGGCAUAGCCCUUUUGUACCUACAAUUAUACCGGGUCACGUGUGACCAGACCUACCUUCUCCGAUCCUUGGAUUACGUAAAGCGAACACUUCGGAAUCUGAGUGGCCGCAGGGUCACCUUCCUCUGUGGCGAUGCUGGGCCCCUUGCCGUCGCAGCUGUGGUGUAUCAUAAACUCAAAAGUGACUGUGAGUCCCAGGAAUGCAUUACAAAACUUUUACAGCUCCAGAGAACCAUUGUCUGCCGAGAUUCAGACCUUCCUGAUGAGCUGCUGUACGGCCGGGCAGGCUAUCUGUAUGCCUUACUUUACCUGAACACGGAGAUAGGUCCAGGCACCGUGAGUGAGUCAGCUAUUAAAGAGGUAGUCAGUGCUAUUAUUGAAUCAGGCAAGGCUUUAUCAAGGGAAGAGAGGAAGACUGAGCGCUGUCCCCUGUUGUAUCAGUGGCACGGGAAACAGUAUGUCGGAGCAGCACAUGGCAUGGCUGGAAUAUACUGCAUGUUAAUGCAGCCAGCAGCAAAAGUGGACCAAGAAACCUUGACAGAAAUGGUGAAACCUAGUAUUGAUUAUGUACGCCAUAAAAAAUUCCGAUCUGGGAAUUAUCCAUCAUCACUAAGCAAUGAAACAGACCGACUGGUCCACUGGUGCCACGGUGCCUCGGGUGUCAUCCACAUGCUGAUCCAAGCUCACAAGGUUUUUAAGGAGGAAAAAUACUUGAAAGAUGCCAUGGAGUGUAGUGAUGUGAUUUGGCAGCGAGGUUUGCUCCGGAAGGGCUACGGGAUCUGCCAUGGAACUGCUGGAAAUGGCUACUCUUUCCUGUCCCUUUACCAUCUCACCCAGGAUAAAAAGUACCUGUAUCGUGCUUGCAAGUUUGCAGAGUGGUGCCUAGACUACGGAGCACAUGGUUGCCGCAUCCCCGACAGGCCCUAUUCGCUCUUUGAAGGCAUGGCUGGUGCAAUUCACUUUCUGUCUGAUAUCCUGGUCCCAGAGACAUCACGGUUUCCAGCGUUUGAACUUGGCUCUUCACAGAGAGACAAAAAGGAGCAAAAAGACUAAGAACCCAUUUGGACCAAAAGUCACCAAGUUACUUGAUGCCUGACACAGAACCAACUGUGAAUCCUGAAAGAGGAACAAGAAGAAUAAACAAGUUCACAGUCCCUUGUUGCAAAGACCCUCCAGUUAGAGCAUGAGUGACAGAUCCAUCCCAUCACCAUUUUGUAGCAGUUUUCCUCUCUCUAAUGUAAAAUAUGAAUUCUUCACAU